AGGCUAGGCUACAGCGGCCGGCAGAGGAUCGUGUGCUCCAGUGCUCUGCCUGCGAAGGAGAGGUUUCUGUUGUCAGACUGAGUUAGUUCAGGUGGUCCAGAGUCUGCUGAGCGCAGUGGAACCGGAAAGGCGAUGAAUUACUAGUGCGCUUUCGCUUUGACAGCGGAGGCGGAAAAGUGAGAGGGUCUGCCAUUGGCUGGACUAGGUAACCAAACCCUUGCAACAGCAGAAAGCUCCCUGCGGGAGGAGCUCCGCACGCAGAGGAGGAGCCAGGUUAGCCCCUGAGAAGUUGGGACACUGUCCUCCGUAGAUAAGAGGCAGAGCCCGGCAGGAAUCCCCUCCGCUUGCUGAUUGGAAGCUUGGGGAGCAGCCUCAUGGAAGAGAAGCAGAUCCUGUGCGUGGGGCUGGUGGUGCUGGACAUCAUCAAUGUGGUGGACAAAUACCCAGAGGAAGACACGGACCGCAGGUGCUUAUCCCAGAGAUGGCAGCGUGGAGGCAACGCGUCCAACUCCUGCACUGUCCUUUCCUUGCUUGGAGCCCGAUGUGCCUUCAUGGGCUCGUUGGCCCCUGGCCAUGUUGCCGAUUUUGUCCUGGAUGACCUCCGCCGACAUUCUGUGGAUUUACGAUAUGUGGUCCUUCAGACCAAGGGCUCCAUCCCCACUUCUACAGUCAUCAUCAACGAGGCCAGCGGCAGCCGCACCAUCCUGCAUGCCUACAGGAACCUGCCAGAUGUGUCUGCUAAGGACUUUGAGAAGGUCGAUCUGACCCAGUUCAAGUGGAUCCACAUUGAGGGCCGGAAUGCAUCGGAACAGGUGAAGAUGCUGCAACGGAUAGAAGAGUACAACGCCAAGCAGCCUGUGCCACAGAAGGUCCGGGUGUCGGUGGAGAUAGAGAAGCCCCGGGAGGAGCUCUUCCAGCUCUUCAGCUAUGGUGAGGUGGUGUUUGUCAGCAAAGAUGUGGCCAAGCACCUGGGGUUCAAGUCAGCAGUGGAGGCCCUGAGGGGCUUGUAUAGUCGUGUGAAGAAAGGGGCUACGCUUGUGUGUGCCUGGGCUGAGGAGGGUGCCGACGCCCUGGGCCCUGAUGGCCAGCUGCUGCACUCAGAUGCCUUCCCACCACCCAGAGUAGUAGACACUCUUGGAGCUGGAGACACCUUCAAUGCCUCUGUCAUCUUCAGCCUCUCCAAGGGAAACAGCAUGCAAGAGGCCCUGAGAUUCGGGUGCCAGGUGGCUGGCAAGAAGUGUGGCUUGCAGGGGUUUGAUGGCAUUGUGUGAGAGGUGAGCGGUGAGAGGCACCAGCUCUAUACCUCAGAGGCUGGCACCAUUGCCUGCCAUUGCCUUCUCCACUUCAUCCAGCCUGGUACCUGGCUGUCCAGUUCCCUGAGAAGAUGUAGGCUGUGGAAUGGACUCUGCCUGUGUCUGCAUUUCUGUUUAUCUGUCUCCUCUCUGCAAAUACCUGGAGCAAAUAAAUCUUUCCCUGAGCCAG